AUGGCAGAGAUGAAGAGCUGUACAGAUGCUUGUGAGGGGACCAUGAUUCUUCUGGGGACUGAGGGUGUGAAUUCUUGUGGACCCAGGAGUGAUGGUACGGAUACUUGUGAGUCCAGAUCUGAGUGUACAGAUGCUUGUGAUGGUAGGCUGCCACCGCCCAGUAAGCCACCAUCGCUGCAUCUACACUUUGAAAGAAGACUAGCUUCUUUUGAGGGGUGGCCAAUGCAGAUGAACCAGACCGCUGAAGAGAUGGCUCAUGGGGCCUUCGUGUAUACGAAAAGUGCCGAUGGCGUUUACUGCUCUCAUUGCGACGUGCGACCGAGAAGAUGGGUGCUCCACGACGAUCCUUGGCUGGAACACCUCAAGUGGUCCUCUCACUACGCUUACCUCAAGCUGACCGGGCUGGUGAGACACAAGAAGAAGAACGUGGCAGUUACUACUUUCUGGCACUAUCUGUGUGAGGAGAAUGCGAAUCAGAGCAACGCGAAUGAGGAAGCUUCCCCCACCUUCCUAGGAUGA